CCCAAACACGUAACACACGCAUGACGCGGCGCUACAUAUGGGACGGUACAGUGAGAGAACUUGACAGGUUAGACGUGAGAGAGGGAAGGAAACAUACCCAGGGGAUACCGUAGGAUACCGAAAACAUGGCGGCAUAUGAAUCUUCUUCCUCGGAUAGUGAGUUUCAUGGAGAAAAUGCUGAAGAUUUGUCAUACGCUGACUUGGACACUUUACCGGAGUGCCUUCUUUCACGUGCACAUGAACUGCGUGCACUACAGCUUGACCACAACAAUAUCAGCGUUCUCCCUCCAACAGUGUCCAUAUUUAACCGGCUGAUUGUGUUGGACAUCAGCAAUAACAACCUCUCCCAUAUAAGUGACGAAAUCGUGAAACUAAAACAGCUGAGAACAUUCACUGCCAGAAAUAAUAGACUUGACGAACAAUCUCUACCCAAGGAUUUCGGACUAUUGAAGAGCCUUGAGGUUGUGAACUUUAGUGGGAAUCUUUUCGAAACUCUUCCUCCACAACUAGCAGAACUGCGAAGAUUAAAGUGUUUAUAUUUAGGAGGCAAUAGGAUUCAAGAACUGCCACACACCAUACGGAAUCUCACAAGGUUACAAGUUCUGUAUCUGGGCGGCAACCAGUUGACAGACAUCCCGGCCGAGAUCGGCUACAUGCACAGCCUGACAGCGCUAGUCCUCUGUGACAACCAGCUCCAGAGUUUGCCGCCGACAAUGAUCCAUCUGCAGCGUCUGCAGUCUCUGACACUGCACAACAACCAGCUGUCGACGCUGCCGACGGAGAUAGUGUCUCUGAACCUGGUGGAGCUGAGUCUGAGGAACAACCCCCUUGUAAAACGCUUCGUCCAGGAUCUAGUGUACAACCCACCCACCUUGUUAGAACUGUCUGGACGGUGUGUGAAGAUUGAGAAGGUGAAUUACAGUAGUCAUGAUCUGCCUGAAAACCUCAUUCGCUACCUCGACUCUGCACAGCGCUGUGUCAACCCGAAGUGUAAAGGUGUGUACUUCACCUCACGAGUAGAGCACAUCAAGUUCGUGGACUUCUGCGGCAAGUACCGCCUACCUCUGCUCCAGUACCUAUGUUCACCGUCCUGCACCACUCUCAAACCCACAGUGUGCGGCGCCAGCAGUGACAGCGACUCCGACGUCGACGAUGCCAGACACAGGAUGAGACGUGUCCUGCUGGGAUGAUAGGCCUCAGCAGGUGCUUGUGACAUUCAGUAUAAUGACAUGGUGCUGGUAUCACAAGUAGCGAAACUGUUUCUUGAGUUGCCUUGACGUCAUUCUGCAUGCAGAAAGCUACAUAUACUGCUUUUGACUAGAGACCUUAACCUUUGUCAAUCUCAGUGCUGUGACCUUGACUGUAGGUGAAUCUCAGUCAAGAAUUCUUCUGUGACCUUGGCUGCUUUGUGACCUGAGAGAAGUGAUGUGCGUUUGACUGUCAAUUCAACUUUAAUAUCAAGAGUUGUGCUGUCACCUUGAAUAUAAACCGACCUUGGUCAAGCGAUGUGAAGCGACCUUGGCAAUGAACUGAACUUAGUCAAGCAUUAUGAAGUGACAAUGACUAUAAGCUGAACUUGGUCAAGUGUGCUGUCACUUUGACAGUAAGCUGCACUUGGGCAAGCUUUGUGAUGUUAUGUUAACUUUACGGCUUUGAAAUCAAUUAUUUGAAAACAAUUUGCUUGACCACCUCUUGCACAGGUCAUUCUGUAUUUGGUUGUGACGUUCCAGAGGUCAGUACACGUGUGCCAUACACCAACCUCAAUACCUCCAUUUCUGCAGCUUACUUACGACUUGCAUGGCAUAGAUGUGGCGUCGUAGUCCCGCUCCAAAUGGUGAAACACGUCCAAGGGAUACAUCAAGGCCAGCAUUUCUGUCUCACAGUUUCUUUGCUGAUUACUUAAUUUUGAAGUCAUUGGUCGUUUUCCUGUUUGACAAAAAUAGAACUAUGUCCACCAGUCGCUCCAUACACCCUUUCUUUGUGUUGUUUUUCACAAUUUUCCACCCAUCACCUUCAUUGUAAUGACUGUCAGAAACUUUGAGACACAAACCUAAAAUUGAUAUUCUAGAGUCUGUGUAUGGCCUGUAGACAUUGUGAAGGGCAUUUGUUUUGGUAGACCUUGGCAGGAAAAGCAGGUGACAACAUGUGCCGUGUACGUGACCAUUCCUGCAAGCAUGCUUUGACCUUUCCCUUGACCGACAAUAUACCUGUGAAAUGUGAUGGUUGCAGUGCUAAUAUUUUGAAGUUGGACCUGUGAUAUACAAUAUACCAACAAUAUUAUACCUAGUUCGCAGUGCUAAUGCUUUGAAGAGUGGUUUGUGCAUCUGGUCAUGGUGGGCGUGUACUUUUUUUAUAGAUCAGCGUGUUUUCAAGGAUGCACAAAGAUUCUAAUACCUUGUACACAGUUUCUAAUCAUGAUACUGUAAUUUGGAGUAAAAUUGUGUGAAUAUUUCUUUGAUAUUCUGAAUGUUCAAAAGUCAAUGUUUAUUCAGGUUUUUUUGACAGUGUUACAAAUUAAAGAUUUAAUGGGUAUUUUGAUUCAAAUACAUCGAUGAAAGCCUCAAAACCCCAUGGAUGCUCUUAAUUUAGAACACUGGAAAAAAUAUGGACUGCAUCUGAAAAGAGGGCAUCAUUUAUGUGAUUAGUAUCUUUGUGCAUCCCCAGGGGUUUCAGACUUACUGUUUUCUAAUAAUACAUGAUCGGGGCAUUAAUGUCAUUACUCAGGGCCACAACCCAGUAUUUGUACAGAGAUCAGCUGUGAUUUAUGAUUUGAUGCAGUAUGUUACUUGUGUCUCAGUUUGUCAUGACAGAUAAACACUGGUGGAUUUAGCUUCACAGGGAAAGCCUGUGUGAAGCCUAUUAGUACAUGUAGUUUCAUCAUCACUGGAAUAUUGCUACAAGUGGUGUAAGAUUCACUCGCUUGUCAGCUGAUUCUCUGAGGUAUCAGGGGCGGUGGGGUAGCCUUGUGGUUAAAUAGUUCGCUUGUCACACUGAAGAGUUGAUUCCCUACAUGGAAUAUUGUAAAGUGGCAAAAAGUGUGUGAAGCCCAUUUCUGGUGUCUCCUUUGUAAUCAUAUUUGAAUCCAUAUUGUCUUUUUGUGAAGGAAAGUUUUGAAAUUGUUGUAAGACCAAAUGAA